AUGGAGAAAUCGUUUUGGAAGUAUACUGGCAGCCCCAGCGCUUGGCAUUUAACAGUCGCUCUCUACUUUGCUUUUGCAUUUGGUGCUGCGAGGUUUAUCCUUGACAGAUUCAUCUUCCGCUGGCUGGCUAUCUGGUUGUUGAUUGGUAGCGGAGGCACAACUCGGCUGACACUUGAUGGGCGAACAAGGAGAAAAUUAGUGAAAUGUACAGAGUCCUUGUGGAAGCUCACGUACUAUCUUACCAUCGAAUUCUUCACUGUGGCCACUGCCUACCGUGAGCCAUGGUUCAGAGGUGUAAGUGUAACCCAAUAUUUUAUAGGCUGGCCACACCACGAGAUCAAGCUUCCGUUGAAACUUAUCUACAUGUGCCAGUGUGGCUUCCACAUUUAUAGCAUUGCUGCACUGCUUCUGUGGGAAACAAGGAGGAAGGAUUUCCCUGUCAUGAUGGCUCAUCGUGCUGUAACUGUGAUCCUGAUUUCAUCUUCCUAUGUCUCAAGUUUAUUUCAGAUAGGAGCUGUUAUCCUCCUCCUGCAUGAUGCAAGUGAUGUCUUUCUUGAAGCUGCAAAGAUUUUCAAAUACUCCGUAAAUGAGCCUGGAGCUAGACUGUGCUUUGGCUGUUUUGCCUUGUCAUGGUUUAUACUUGGGCUAAUAGUCUUUCCAUUUUGGGUCAUAUGGUCAUCGAGAGGUUUCUAUUUUUCAUGCAAAACUAUGGACCUUUCACAGGCCUACAACAAACUAUUAUACUGUUUCUUCAAUACAAUGCUGUUCACCCUGCUGUUCUUCCACCUUUACUGGUGGAAGCUUAUAUGUUGUAUGGUUGUGAUGCAAAUGCAAAGUCUUGGUAGAGUUGUCGAAGAUAUACGUUCAGAUUCUGAAGAAGAUGACUAA